UUCUUUCUCUGGAACCACCACCGUUGCAGUUGCUGCGGGUCCUCCUUCUAGAGAGAGAAAAAAGAUUUUUGUUCUGUUUCGAGUGUUAGAGAGAGAAAAAAGAGAAGCACAGAGAUGGCGACUCCCCUGGAGAUGGGAUUUCAGUCUCAACACCGCCACCACCACCGCCAUAGCUACUGCUUUCAGUUCUUCUACUCACUCAUCUAGCAGCACCCUCCUACAUUGCUGUUUUUGGGUAUGUACGGCAGAUCCUAUUUUGUUCCCGUUUUGACCCUGCUUUUUCACCUUUAUUACCCUCUUGUCCACUUUGUAUCUGUUCACUUUCCCCUUUUGUUUGUGAAUAUUGCAUUCUCCUUCUCUGCAACAUACAGAUCUUCUUCUCUCUAUCUAGUUCGGCCUCAGCUUUGCUACAUAGAAGGCAACUCUGACCCUAAUCCACAUAUUUUCUGUCAAUCUCAACAAGAAGAACAGUUACAGUGCACUCACAGUUAGUGAUACGAGAGAGAUCCCUAUUUUGCACUCUCAAGCAUUUGUCCCAAGAAGAAGGCCUAGGUUAAAGAAUUGGAAGAGAGUCAACCUUGUACUUUAUGAUUGAAAACCAACAAAUUUACUUGCAAAUUGCAAUUCAUACCCUAUUGGAAUCAACUCACUUAUGUGUAUUGUAGCUUGGAAACAAAGUAGGCAAAUCAUGCGGCUGCAAGUGACUCUGUGGAUUGCUUCGACAUCCUAUUAGUUGCUGGUAGCCCGUGGUCUAUUGUGUUUGUCUUCAAGAAGCGUGAUGGGUUCAAGAUACACAUCCCAUCAGCUCAGCAAUGGCCUUUUUGUUUCUGGCCGUCCUGAGCAGCCAAAAGAAAGGACUCCAACAAUGAGCUCAACUGCCAUGCCCUACACUGGUGGGGAUAUCAAGAAGUCUGGAGAACUGGGAAAAAUGUUUGAUAUUCCCACUGAUGGCUCUAAGUCUAGGAAAUCUGGGCCACUUACUAGUGCUCCUUCAAGAACCGGAUCUUUUGGAGGGGCAGGUUCCCAGUCGGGGUCGAUGAUGCCUAAUGUGGCUCCUCGUGCUGGCUAUACAUCAGGACCUUUAUCAUCUGGAGGCCUGCCAACGGGCCCAUUGAAGAAGUCAAAUUCUGGGCCAUUGAAUAAGCAUGGGGAGCCCUUAAAGAAGUCAUCUGGUCCUCAAUCUGGUGGAGUGACUAGGCAAAACUCUGGCAGUAUUCCCCCUGUUUUACCCGCAACUGGUCUAAUUACAUCUGGACCUAUAUCUUCAGGACCGCUGAAUUCAUCUGGGGCUCCUCGGAAGGUAUCUGGUUCUUUAGACUCUACUGGGUCUGUUCCAAAUCACAGUUCAUCUAUUGCUCACAACCCUGCUGUGACUACUAUUAGUCAAGACGACGACGGUUCUUUCAGGAGAAACUUCCCGAAGCCAGUAUUGUGGUUGGUGAUUAUGAUAUUUGUGAUGGGGUUCAUUGCUGGUGGUUUUAUUCUUGGAGCUGUCCACAACGCCAUCCUCCUCAUUGUAGUUGUGGUUCUUUUCAGUGCAGUUGCUGCAAUAUUCAUUUGGAAUAUUUGUUGGGGGGAGAGGGCUAUAAUAAAUUUUAUUGCUAAUUAUCCUGAUACUGAUCUCAGAACAGCAAAAACUGGACAAUAUGUGAAGAUCUCUGGGGUGGUCACCUGUGGUAAUGUUCCCCUAGAAUCAUCCUUCCAAAGAGUUCCUAGAUGUGUCUAUACGUCUACCAGGUUAUACGAGUAUCGAGGAUGGGGUUCAAAACCUGCCAACCCUACACAUCGUCAUUUUACAUGGGGGUUGAGAUCAUCAGAGAGGCAUGUUGUCGACUUCUACAUCUCUGAUUUUCAGUCUGGACUGAGAGCAUUGGUUAAGUCUGGCAAUGGGGCAAGGGUGACUCCUUUUGUGGAUGACUCCUUUGUUAUUGAUAUUAAUCCAGAGAAUAAAGACUCAUCUCCAGAGUUCAUGCGAUGGUUGGGACACAAAAAUCUCUCAAGUGAUGAUCGUUUAAUGUGUUUAAAAGAAGGGUACAUCAAGGAAGGCAGUACAGUUAGUAUGAUGGGAGUUGUUCAGAGAGAUGAAAAUGUGCUUAUGAUUGUUCCUCCACCUGAGCCGUUGGCAACUGGAUGGCAAUGGACCAGAUGUAUCUUUCCAGCUAGCCUUGAUGGAAUUGUAUUGAGAUGGGAAGAUACGUCAACUGGUGACGUUAUACCGGUGUAGUUAGCGACUUGAAACUUCCUGCGUUUCCCUUUGCUCAAAAUAUUUUGCUCCCUCGGGUAUUAUUGAUGGUGAUGGCAGCUGUAGCGAUGGUUUUGCAGUGAUAAAAGUCCCAAUUGUUGGUGGUUUCUGUGGUUAUUAUUAUUAUUAUUAUUAUUUUUUUAACAUUCUUUGUCUUUCUCAAUUUUAUGUACAGGUUUGGACAUUAUUAUAUUGUUUUAAGGUUUGGGUUGGCUUCAAUGUGUCGUUGUUUGAGAAGAUAACGGUUGUGGAAGUAGAAUUGUAAAGAGUUUUUACUUGGAAAGUUGUAUCUGAAGAUGUCAUCUGUUUAAGCUGGAUUUCACUAUUUCUGUUUCUCAGCCACUUAAGAGUUGCUCGUUCUCUUGCUA